AUGGAGGUGGAUGAAGAACAUGGAAAUCCUAAUGAUUUAUUGACUGAGCGAAAUCCAAAAAGAUGGGAGAUUUUGGUGGAUGGAUCCUCCAAUGGAGAAGGAAAUGGGAUUGGUAUUGUAUUUAUUUCACCAACGGGAGGGAGAAUGGAUUACUCAUUCAGAUUGGACUUCGCAUCCACAAAUAAUGAAACUGAAUAUGAAGCAGUCGUUCACGCACUAAGAUUAGCAAUUGAAAUGAAGAUUGAGGAUGCGCGAAUAACUAGUGAUUCUCAGCUGGUAAUUCGUCAGAUAGAAGGAACAUAUAGUACUAAUGAACCAUUUUUGCAAAAGUAUAGGAGAUUGGUUAUGGAUUUAGCAAUCCAAAUUCCAAAAAUAAGUUGGAGACAUAUAGGUAGAAAAGAUAAUAGACUCUCAGAUGCAUUGGUGUUCAUACAAUCAAUGUUAGUAGAUCCGGUCGCAAGGGAUAUAGAAAUACAAACACUAUUAUUACCAUCUAUAGAAAAGGGUGAAGAAGUGCAAACAGAUGUGAUGAUCAUAGACGAUACACAAGCAAAAAAUGUGAGCGACGAGAAAGAUUGGAGAACUGAGAUACACUCUUAUUUAGAGAGAGGGGAAUUUCCGAAGAAAAGAUUAGAAGCACACAAAUUAAAAAGUCGUGCUACAAAUUAUGAAUUAAGGGAUGGUGUUCUUUAUAGAAGGUCAUUCCUUGGACCUUCUCUCAGAUGUCUUACGCGAAAGGAAGGAAUCGAAAUUCUAAAGGCAUUACACUAUAGCGAUGCUGGAAACCAUAGUGGAGGAAGAUCACUCGGAUACAGAGUAAAAAUACAAGGCUAUUACUGGCCAUAUAAGCAUGAAGAUGCAAAACAAGUUUCCAGGAGAUGCCAAGAAUGUCAACGUCAUGGAAAGAAGAUACAUGCACCUAGGGCUAUGAUUAAUACAUCAACAAAUGUGUGGCCCUUUGGAAAAUGGGGAAUAGAUAUUGUUGGACCAUUUAUACUAGGGACGGGACAAAAAAGGUUCCUAAUUUUCCCAACAGAUUAUUUCACUAAAUGGGCAGAAGUAAAAGCAGUUCAACAUAUACGCGAUAAAGACAUCUUCACAUUCAUUUUUGAAAAUAUUAUAUGCCGAUUUUGCAUUCCUGCACAAUUGGAGUCUGAUAAUAGGAAGCAGUUUGAAGGAGAGAACAUAACAAUGCUACUCAAUGCGUUCAAAAUUCAAAGUGGCAAAUCUACCCCUUUGUAUCCUCAGAGUGAUGGACAAGUAGAAGCUACAAACAAAAAAAUCGCAGACAACCUGAAGAAAAAGUUAGAAGGGAACAACAAAGGAUGGUUCGGACAAGUACAUAAUGUAGUAUGGGAUUACAGAACUACCAGAAGAGAAGCAACCGGAAUGUCGCCCUUCUGUCUGACAUAUGGAGUAGAGGCAGUGCUACCAACAGAAGUGAUCAUCCCUACCACAAAGAGAGAAGCUUGGGAAAAGAAUUUAAGUGCAGACUUAAUUUUAACAAAGUUGGAUGAUUCGGAGGAAGUAAGAGAAGUCGCUUUGCAGCACAUGGAAAAUUAUCAAAAAAGAAUAGCUCGAGAACAUAACAAGCGGGUCAAAAUAAGAGAAAUUCAACCAAUUGAAUUAGUGCUACGCGAAAUUCCAGUAUAUCAAAAAGGAAAGGAUGGAAAAUUGGAGAAAAGCUAG